AUGUCAAAUCUAAAAUUGAGUAAUAACAACAAUGGAAAUCAAAAAGAAUCCUCAUCAUUUUUCCAAAAAGUCAUGAAAUCACCAUCAACUCAAAAUUUAUUAAAUUCAUUUUCCAGUAAUAAUAGUAAUAAUAAUUUAAGUAAUAGUGGUAGUAAUGAAGUGAAAGAUACAACCACUAAUUCACCAAGUCAAUUACCACCAAAUUAUACACCACCCCCGCCACCACAUCAAAUUAGAAAUAGUAGCAGUAUUGAAGGUGGUGAAUUUUCAUUAUUGAAUAAUGAAAAUAGUGAUAAUAAUAAUAAUAAUAAUAAUAAUAAUAAUAAUAAUAAUAAUAAUAAUAAUAAUAAUAAUAAUAAUAAUAAUAAUAAUAAUGAGCAAUUAGCAAGAACUGAAAGUUCAGUAUCAAUUAUUUCAAGCAGUUCAAGUGGAAGUAAUAGUGGUCAACCAAAUUUACAAAGACAUUCAAGUAAUAUUAGUACUGAUGAUUCAAAUACAACUACAGAAACUUAUUCAAUGUCACCAAAUCAAACAUUAAAUUCAAAUAUUGAUUCGAGUGAACAACAACAUCAAGAUUUAUCAUCAAGUGUUAAUAAUAAUAAUAAUAAUAAUAAUAAUAAUAAUAAUAAUAAUAAUAAUAAUAAUAAUAAUAAUAAUAAUAAUAAUAAUAAUAACAAUACUCAUGAAUCAAGAAAAUUAACACGUAAAAUUGCACAAUUUAUUUCAUCACCAAAAUUAUUACAAUCAUCAAUUUCACAAUUACCAAGUACACCAACUCAACAAAAUGUUGAAAUUCAAACUACAAAUGGUGGUUCGAGUGAAACUUCUCCAAAUGGAUUAAUUUCACCAAGACCAUCAAAUGAUCAACCAUUAAAAGAAAAGAAAAAGAAAAAGUUUUUAAAAACACCUGAAAUAUUUAAACAUCAUCAUCAUCAUAAAGAAUCAUCAUUAUCAUCAUCAACAACAACACCAUCAACAACAUCAUCAUUAACAUCAUCACCAUCAUCAUCAUCAUUAGCAAUAUCAUCACCAAACACAACAGCAGCAACAACUACUAAUAAAAAAUCACAUAAGAAAACUAAAUCAACAUUUGAUAUAAAUACAGAAAUAUCAGUACCAUAUAAUGUUAUACAUAAGAUGCAUGUUGAUUUUGAUUUGAAAUGGACAGGACAUAAUGAUUUUAUAUUGGAUGAGAAAUUAGGUGAUGGUGCAUAUGGAUCAGUUUAUAAAGGUACACAUAAAGAUUUAGGAUUUACAUUAGCAAUUAAAGUUAUUGAAAUGAAAGAAUCAGAGAGUGUUUCACUUCAAAAUGAAAUUAAUAUUUUAAAAAAUUGUAAAUCUCCAAAUAUCGUCUCUUAUUUUGGUUCACUUCAAACUGAAUCCCAUAUUUGGAUUCUAUUGGAUUUCUGUGCUUUAGGUAGUAUUAGAGAUAUAAUUGAAUCAACAGAGAAAACAUUAAACGAGGCACAAAUUUCAUUUGUUGUGAAAAACACACUCAAAGGUUUAAUUUAUUUACAUAGUCAAAAUAUUAUUCAUCGUGAUGUAAAGGCAGCAAAUGUAUUACUAAGUGAAGGAUGUGAUGUGAAAAUUGCAGAUUUCGGUGUUUCAGAGAAAUUAAAUGGUGCAUUGGAUCAAUCUAAAGAGAUGAUUGGUACACCAUUAUGGAUGGCACCUGAGGUUAUCUUAAAAAAGAAUUACGAUUAUAAAGCUGAUAUUUGGUCAUUAGGUAUCACCAUCAUUGAAAUGGCAGAUGGUUUACCACCACAUAUUGAUUUGCCACCAAUGAGAGCAAUGAAAAUGGUACCAAAUUGGCCACCUCCAACAUUUGCUGAACCUAAAAAAUGGUCACCUCUAUUAAAUGAUUUCUUGGCAAGAUGUUUAGUUAAAGAUCCAGAGAAAAGAGCGUCACCAAUCGAUUUACUUUGUCAUCCAUUCCUUAAAAAAGAUAGAGGUCCUGAUGUUUUAUCAGAUUUGGUUAAUCAAUUAUUUAAAAUUAAGAAAAAGAAAAUUGAUGAUUUAAAAAAACAACAAAAACAUCAAACUUCACAAUCUUCAUCAUCAUCAUCACCACAAUCACCAAAUGCAACUGUAAAUGGUGGAGAUAUUGGUUCAGAUGGUUUAUCAACUUCAAUCAUUUCACCAAUACCAUCAUCACCUUCUGAUGAAUUGGACAAUUGUAAUAAUUCUUUAAAAUUAGCAACCUCUUCCAAAGGUAUGUUAAGUUUCAAAGGAAAUUAUACAACUUGUAGAGAUUUCCAAGAAGAAGAGGAAGAUUCAAAACAUUUAAAUAAUAAUCAGGAUGAACAAGAUGAUGAACAAGAUGAUGAGGAUGAUGAUGAUGAAAAUGAGGAUGAUGAAGAUGUUGAUCCAUUUAGUACAACUAUUUUCCAUGGUAAAAAGAAAGGUAGUGGUAAUGGUAAUGGUGGUGUUACAUCUGAUCAAGAUGAUGAAGAAGAAGAUGAAGAAGAAGAUGAUGAGGAAGAAGAAGAAGAAGAAGAAGAUGAUGAUGAAAUUAAUGAAGAUGAAGAAAUUUCAGCAACAGGUACAAUGGUUGUUAGAAAGAAGAAAAAUAAGUCAACAAAGAAAUCAAAUAAAAAGAAAAAUAAAAAAAAUAAUUUAUCAACAAUUGGAAAAAGUGGAAGUGGAAAUAACCUUUUACAUGUUGCACCAAAUAAACCAUUACCAAUUACACCACCAUUUUCAAUUAGUAUGACGAAUGAAUUUAAACAAUUGGAAACUAAAUUAUUCACUUAUAUUGAUAGCUCUAAUCAAAAGAUUGUUAAUGAUAUUAAAAAUGAAAUUAAACAAUUGGAAUCUUCAAUUAUUAAUAAAAUCAAUAUAAAUCUUCAACAACAAUUAUCACCAAUAUUAUUAGCUUUGGAAGAGAUUAAACAAAAUCAACAUACAACAUCUCAACCAAAACAAAUGCAAUCAAAACUAUCAGCUACAAAUUUAAAUGAAAAGAAAUUAUCAUCAUCCCCUCCAUCUUCAAAUUCACCAUUAACAAAUUCAGUCAAUUCAUCCUUAACAACCACAACAACAACCACAACAUCACCAGUUUUAUCAAGACAAUCAUCAUUUAGAAGUUCUGGUUCAAUUUCAAGUUCAAAUUCUUCAUUUAGACCAAACAGUGCAAUAAUGUCUGCUGUAAAUAAUUCUUCUACAACAACAACAACAAAUAGUAAUAGUAGUUCCAGUAAUGGAGGUGGAAGUGGAGUUGAUAUUUCACCAACAAUGACAGGAAGGGCAUCACCAUCAAUAAUGAAACGAUUUACAACAAGUUCAUCAUCAUCACCAUUAUCAAGUUCUAGUGAUGGUUUUGCUUUUAAUAGUAAUAGUAAUUCAAGUAGUAGUGAUUUAAAGAGACAUGUAAUCACUCCUGAAGAAUUAAAUAAUAGCAAUUUAGUUAAAAAUAAAGUGAAAAUGUUUGAAGAUGAUAAUAGUAGUGGCAGUGGUAGUAAUUCACCAUCACUAUCAACUAAUAGUAGUAGUACUAAUAGCAAUAACUCUGUAACAAAUAUUAAAAAAUAA